AAAAAAAAAAAAAAAGGCAAUCUCUCUCUCCUGAUGAGGUAUUGAAAGACAUACUUUGUGCCAAUUACUUGCCUAACAUUGUUUUGUUUGAUUUUACGUUUCAAAAUAGUCCAGAAUCGUGAUCUACGUUAAGAUGUCGGCAUUUGAGAACGUCGUAAGCGGGAAGCUCAGGCUGAAGGGGAAACCACUGGAAGUGAAAACGGGUGGCAUUUCUAAGAAGAAAAAGAAGAAGAAGCAUGAAUAUCAUGAUCGCCCCACAAUAGGUAUGAACAAUGCCUCUUUUGAGGAUAUAAAUGAGACAGACAAAGAUGAUGAAAAAGAUCAGGCUGCUAAAUAUGAUGACCAUCUGACGCCAGCUGAGAGGCGUUAUCUUCAGCAAUGGGAGAAAAUUGAUCUCCAAAGGCUGACGAAGAUGGCCAGUAAAUCACACCGUGAUCGAAUACAGGAAUUCAACCAAUAUCUGGCCAAUUUAAGUGAGCAUUAUGAUAUUCCUAAAGUGGGGCCUGGUUAGUUUGUUUCUGUGUUUUGUUUGUCAAUUUUAACUUUGAUUACCUUGUAACUGCAAAAAUGCAAACACUCUGCUGUCUUAAGUUUAAAUGGCGUGAUUUCAAUUCUGAAAAUGACGUCCUGGGAUCUGCAAUUGAUACAGUCUUUAUCUCUACUCACUUGAAAUUUAAACAUUGUUGCAAUAAAUUUUAUUGCUUAUGUCA